AUGGAGAUCUCGAUUCUCCUGCUCGGUGUCGCGCAAACUUCCUCUCCGCAGACAUGGAUCGUUGUGGCUGGCCUCGCCACUGGUCAGAGCCUCGGCGCAUUCGUCGUCGGAGAGCCGCAAGUUUCUCUUGAAGAGAGAGACAUCGUCUGGUAUGUCGAAGAGUUUGCAUUGAACGAUCCGUAUUCCGAGGGGCGAGCCGAAGAGAUCCCCCAGCGCCUGGACGGUUAUGCAGCUCAACUCUCGCGUCUGUUGAGACCCGCCGUCUCUCGAGCGCUGAGAGCAAGCGGAGGAGGAGUCGGCAGUCUCUCACUCAGACUGCACGUCCAGGCAUUACAAGGCCACGCCAACAUUCACAGCAUCAAGUGGGAGUUACUGGAGAGGCAGGUGGCAUGCCUCGAGCUGAAUGCAAAUUCUGUUUUCGUCAUCCGCCAAGUGUCGCCAACCACCAGGCCGUCUUCGUCGACGGCCCAACGACCGAAGCAAAACAUCCUCCUCGUUUCCGCCCGCCACGCUCUCCAAGACCCCAUACCUUAUCGUAUAAUUUCGCUUCCGGUUUGGAAUAUCGCCGAAGCAGCGCGCAGAGAAGAAGUGAACGUCGAGCUAUACUUUUCCCGACCGGGAACUUGGGGUACUCUCAAGCGCACACUACGGGAUCGCCCAAUUGGCUUCUUCUCGAUAGCCCACUUUGACUUACACGGCGUGCGUUUACGUGAUCGAAGCUUCUGUUUCCGCUUCUCACCUUCGUACUAUAACGCUCAAGUUCCCGAAGACGUGCCUGUCGCUGAAGUGGCAAGAGUCCUGAGCGAGUACGGUGUCAAGGCGGUCGUGCUCAACGCUUGCAACUCCGGCAAUCAGCCCGCGGAUCCGAUUCUGCGCAGUGCUGCGCAUAUUCUGGUCAGCCAAGGCAUCUUCGAGGUCGUUGCCAUGUCUCACUCGGUGAUGAAGUCGACUGCAGUGGACUUCAUGACCGCCUUCUACGAAAAGCUGUUUCUGGAGGGAAGCACCAUCGCUGGCGCAGUCCAACACGGUCGCAACUACCUCAGGAACCACGCGACUAAAGAAGGGCGGUUUUCACUGCUCGUGCGAGUCCACGACGACUUCGUACCAGUGUUUUAUCGGAGCGAACAUAGCCCCGGUGGUUUGUUUGAGCACCAUAACAACUUGCCAGGUCCGGAGAUCGCGGGUCCCAGCUCUCGGAGAGGAUCGGAUGAUAAACAGCCAAGUUCAGGUGUACAGCUGCUCGGCCGAGAAAAUGACUUGCUCUCGAUCGAGUCAGCGCUGUGCGAGAACGCAAUAGUGAAAGUCGUAGGCGAUCAUGGAGUCGGGAAAACUUGCUUCGCGAAUCGUCUGCUUCGCUGGUGGCGAGAGACUGGCUUCAUCGACCACGCCUUCGCGAUCGACUGUUCAGACUUGUCGACGUCCCUUAUUGAGACACUCAUCCACCAGAUCAACGGUGAUACCUUUCACGGAACUCGAGGGAGCCAGAAGAGGGUGCUAGUCUGCGUCGACAAUUUCAACAUCCGGAAAGCGGGCCAAGGAUCCAAUCAGCGGCUACAGUGGAAGACAUUUAGGGACUACGUCACUCGUCUGAAAACACAUUGUCCACGAAGUACCUGGCUUCUACUUGGCCGCUUCUCAGAGACGGCUUCCGCAGCAAAUGACAUCAUCCCGGUUGCCGAGUAUUUCCUGAAGGGUCUGAAAGAGGACGAAGCAGCGCAGCUCCUGCGACGCGGCUUUGAAUGCGAUGGAAUGAAGCUCCCGUCUACGCGUGAAUUCAACGAGCAAAUGGAAGAAUUCACAGACCUUCAGGACGGAAACCCCCUAGGGAUGGAGCUGCUUGGAUCGUUUGAACCAUUCUUCGGCUCGUUCCUAGCCCUGACGCUGGCGCUGAAGUUCUGGGUCCCUCCGCUUGUCUAUCUCGGUUUGGACUCUGCGUUGAAACGAGACAACUGGAUGAUGAGCAGUCCUUCCGCCGAACGCUCUUUGGAGUAUUUGAAUGAAUCAUCCAACACUCUCCAUGAAUUCAAGUGCCUCAUAGACACCCUGGAACAGCGCUCCAAACUCGCACUCCAGAUCGCAAUGAGUUUGUCGGCUUGCCAGAGGGUCAUACCGUUUGAUCUUCGAGACUGGGUCACCUGGCUGUUUCAGUCCGGCGGCAUGCUGUCAAAUCAGUCCGAGGCUGAAGAAGCGUCGUUAGGAACGGUAGAAGCCGGGACAUCAUCGAAAUCUCCAGAACACCCACCGGAACCCGCCGUGCGAUGCGUAUCUUGGGUUCUCGAGCAGUUGGUGGACUUCGGCUUCAUAUAUCUGGCUUCACAAACACCAGGCAGCUCGGUGCCGAAGUACUAUGAAGUACACCCUCUUUUACCGCACCUGCUGCGAUACGAAAUGGUUAAGCGUAGCAACAACCCCUCGACCGAAGUCGCAUGCGUCAAGUUACACCAACUACCGUCAAUGCUAUGGCACCUGUACGAAUUUCGGAUUUCGUCGCUCAUCGAGUUGACGAACGGCACGCAAGAUGCAUCAGGUGUUCCUGUGGAGGUUAGAAAAUUUUUCGAGGCAGAACAUAUAAAUAUCUACAACGCCGUCGAGGCUUGCAUUCAGCAGCCGGAGUUCGGUUACAGGACAAUGAAUGUGCUGGGGAUCCUUCUUUCUGAGGCGGUUACGGAACUCUCCUCUAUGUGGGCCAGAGCUCAGACAAGACUCCUAGACUGCGUUCUGCGCGGCCUGGAGCAUUUGUAUCAAAUCCAGCACUACAGAUCGGCUCUAGCAAGGGAGGAGACAGCAGAUGCUUUGGGGCAAAUCGUGGUCCUGGUCUGGUGGCGAGGGAAUACUCUUUUAGCGGCGGCUGAAUACGCGGCGGCGCACGAGAAUGCGAAACGAGCGCUGCUGAUGCUCGAGGAUCUGAUGCCAUCGGUGUUGGAUCGACGUAACUUGGGAGCGCUAUCAUUCUCGUUGCGAUGUCAAGCCGCCUUCGUCGCUUCCUCGUCGGGGUUGACAGACGCCCUGCUCCAACUCCUCUCUGAGGGCCGCCCUGCCGGACUGGAGAAGAACGUCGCCUAUAUUUGGGCUGCGUCGCGGUACUUGAUCCAAACUCGCUAUCUGAUGUCUGAAGGGGAGGCUGCAGGGGGCCCAGAUGCUGUUUCUUUCAAAUAUCUCGCUAAGCUUUAUGCGCACGCAUUUCGAGGUUCAGAACUCACUGGUGUUGAGUUCCCGAAUCAUCAGGACGUACUGAGAGAUCUGGAGGACCCAAGUCUUGACGAAGAAUGCUGGUCCACGAAGCUCAGACCAGCAAUUGCCUCCGCUUUCGUUAAAGUCGGACGCUGUUUUCUGUUCGAAGCUGCCAGCAGCCUUCUUAGGGAAGCCGAAAUGCUCAAGACAGACAAAAGGCAGCAUCGAGAAUCCUUGCAAAUCGCUCUCCAGGUGGCGAGACGGACGCACGACCUAAAGGCCGAAGCAUCCAGUCUCGACGAACUCUUCACCCUCGCAGCAGGUGAAGACGUGAGAGCUGCCAUGAGAAUCCAUGAAGAGCUAGUUAAUCUCGAGCAAGACCUGGAAGCAGCGGGCCAGGACUGGCGGGGAACGGGAGCGGCUGAGCGGAAUUGCAGCAUUGGAACUUUGCUGAUAAGACCGACAGAUUCUGGUCCAGUUAGUGGACACUUAUAUUCCGAGGCUCGCCCUUAUUUCGAGCGCGGCAUCCAAGGGACUUAUGAGGCCAUGAAUGGCACUAAAGCCAAGAUGAAGGAUCUCCGCAUGCUGUACAGAGGGUACAUGGGUCUGAGUCGGUGCGGCCGCAGCGCGGGCGACCGCGCUGAGUACGUUUCGAACACUGUCCGCGCCAUACAGGUAGAUCUGUUCCUGAGCGAACAUGGGGUGAGCGCCGAAUGGGGCGACGGUGCGGCCAUGAGAUGGGUGCUAGAGGAGUUCCAUCAGAGCGUCCAAACACAUACCAUCCCAGACUUCAUCAUCCAGGUGGCGGCCGGCGUCAUAUGGGACGCUGCUGAGGUCUUGCAUUUCUUGAUCCAAUGCCAGAUGCAUGCGAAGACUUUACUGGAGGGAAACUCGAGGGCAGCAUUGGAAGAAACCCAGCGCCUCUUCUUUGGACCAAGUCAGGUCGACGAAACGCGGCUAAAAUACUGGCGGCACGGUCAGCAGGGCGGUUCCGUGACAUACGGUGUUGGGUCUUCCGAUGGCAAUGGAUACCGACAAUUCCUCGGCGACAUGCUUCUCGCAGAUGGCUACCAAGUCCGAUUUGUCGGCUCGCGUAGGUCAGGCUCCAUGAGCAAUGGCGAUAACGAGGGGUGGCGAGGGUACAGACUUGACCAGAUUGAGACCAAAGCGAGGAGAUGCGUCGCAACACUGCUCCCCAAAGUCUUCACAAUCAACGCCGGAUCUAACGAUUGCAUCCAAGACUUCCAACUAGAGGGUUUUGGGUUACGUAUGGGCAGCAUGCUCGAGUAUUUCUGGCAGACAUCUCCCGCCUCGACCGUUAUUCUGUCAACUCUACUCGUGAACGCAGAUAAGGACGUCAACUCGCGAGUCUUGCGCAUAAACGACCAGCUCCGCGAAUUGGCUCAGUCGAAGGCGGCAGAACAGAAGAGGAUAGUUCUUGCCGACAUGAAUAGCCCUGAGGGACCUCAACUUGGGGAUCUGGUUGACGGCACGCACCCUGAUGACAAAGGGUACAAGAAGAUGGCCGCUAUAUGGUUCAAUGCGAUCCGGCAGGCCCGCAAUCAAGAUUUUCUUAAGGCGUAG